AUGUCUACUACCGAAGAAAAAUCAACACCAUGGAGUACCUACUUUAAUAUAACACUACCAGAAGAUUAUAGCUUCUUAGAGAUUGGCUCAGAUGAAAAAGGAAAGGUGCCAGUCGAUUGGAAGAAAUUCGUAGGGAAGGAACCCACUCAACUACGGGAGGCUCUGCGUGUUGUCAACCUUACGGUGAUCUGCGUGACCGUUAUGGGACAUCGUAAAUACUUUAAAGAUGUUGAUACGUUCUGGAAUCAACUUGAGGCCUCGAACUCAGUUAUACAAGAUACCACUGAAGUCUUCAAAAAUUCCAUAUCAAGUGUCAAUUCCGCCAUCAAGAACGUGAAUAACACAGUGCUCAAAUACAAUGGAGCGAUUAAGGAUAUCGAGAAUGUCAAGCCGAAUUCUGGAAGUGUCUUAGGGAAGAGGCAGAAUUCUGGUUCAAGUGGUUAUGAUUCUUCGACUGAAAGUGAUGGAAAUGAAAUAGCAAAAAAGAAGCAAGCCCGGAAAAAAGCUGAAAGCAUCACUGAUAACAAUAGUGAUGGUGAAGAGUUAGCCAAUACACUAGGUUAUGAUGGAUUCGACUUUUCAUUGCGUGCAUCACUAUUUGAGAGAGAAUGGAUUUCUCCCCUAUGUAUGGAAAAAUUGUUAUUUUCGAAUCGAAACAUCCAAUGCCUUUGUAAAAAGAAAAUUAACUUACCAGGCAUGCUUCAUGCGAUUUGA